AUGAGUUCCAAAACAAUCCGAGGGCCGCCUCCAGACACGGCGCCUCCCAAAAAGGCACUUACUCUAGGGUCCAACCCCCAAGGCCCUCCUUCUCAAGCGGCCAACCCAAAGAGCCCUUCUCAGGAGCCAACGUACGGGGACGCAUCAGCGUCUGAGGCUAGGCGCGCACCGUCUGGCUGCAAGGAAAGCCUCCAUAGUGUGGGCCAAACCACUGUGACUACUCGGACACCUGAGGCAACAAAGUGGUUGCCACCUAAGGAGGCGAAGGUUUCUUCGCAGCCGGACGGACCAGAGCGAAGGACAGGCUUACGGCCCGCAGGCCUACCGUCCGCUAUGGGGGGAACGACUAACUCCGUAGAGGAGGUGGAGCGCAUUGGCAUCUCCUGA